AUGUCCUCUAUCAUCUUUAACCCUGCUAUGUUGACAGUGUCUCCCUCUCCCUCCCCCGAACCUGAGGAACACCCACUAGAGGGUGGCAAUGCAUCCGUUGACGACGCCACUCUUGAUGAUGCGGCUCCAAAGGAGCCUGAGGAAUCUGAGUCCGACUGGAUUGAACGUGCUUGGGCCGCCGUACUUAACACUAUGCACGUGUGCAUUGAGACUGCUCCUCCCUCCAAGCCGAAGCUAUUGGAGGAACAGGAGUCUUGGCUUCGCGACUGGAAUGUCGCAAUGGCUGAUAUCUACGAGCGGGCGCGUGCGGCUUCGCUGCAUGUGUCCCUUAAUGAUGCGGAGAAUGUUACGUUGGCCGAGGGCAAAAUUGCCACGAGGAUGCUGACAAGAGCUGUGAAGGCUUGGAAGGAGAAGGCGGAAGAGUCUGCCGUGACUGUGCGCCCAGCGCACGCUGAGAAGGGGAAGGUGAAGGAGGUUGUCGCCAGCGAGGAGACGGCGGAGAAGGUGACAGAGAAGUCGGGUGAGAAGGCGCCCAAACCUGUGCUUACCGAUAUGGGACAUCUGUGUUUGGGUGGGCGUAUGACCGCCACCUCUGUCAGCCAUCCUGCUGAGAGGUGCGAGUGUUGCGCCGCGUCCGGCGCUAAGUGCAUCGUUGUGCAGCCAAGCGGAAGGUGCGAGGGCUGCGUUAAAGUGCGGAAGGGUUGUUCGUUUGUUGCCGCUAAGAACAAGGGAUGCGUGCUGGCUGUGCCGAAGCGCAAGGCGCCUCCCUCGGCGCAAACGACUGCGCCAGAGACCGGCUACAGCCGUGAACCCGUUGCCGGUACCUCGAAGGAGGCCAUCUUUGUCCAGUGGCCGAAGCGACCGCUUGCCUCUGCUGCUGCACCUGCGGCAAAAUGUCCUCGCUUGGAUGCCAAUACCGAGUUGGACGAGGCACGCGCUGAGUCCGCUCAACUCUGUGCUGAGAACGCUGAGCUUCGCACUCGGAACAAUAAGUAUCGGGUCGCUCUCACUGAGAUGCAUCAACACUCCCGGACGCAAGAGUCCGAGUUGCUCCACAUGAGCAACCGGCUGUAUCUUUUGGCGCGCGAUUGGGGAACUUGGGAGAAGGAGCUUUGCAAAGUCCUAGAGGAGUAG